AUGGCGGAUCCCCCUCCACCUCCCUCCUCCUUCCCUCCCUCCCUCCCCUCCCUGCCACCCAUUCUUUCCCCGUGCUCUCCUGCUGUGCUGGAAGGGGGGAGUGGCAGAGCGAGUGGUGGAGCUGCUGGGAGGGAAUCGGCGUGCAGGCCAAGAGGAGCGGUGGGAAGGGGAAUUAUACAUUUUUCUAGAUUCGUGUUCAAUCUGUUAUGCAGAAGCGAUAAGGGGAAAAGCAGAGUGGGUGCAAAGGGAAGUAUGCAUUUUCCAACGCCCAAUGGCGCCAGCCAGCGCCUAACGGCGCCUGCGCUCGCAGCGCCCGCUCGCAACGGCGCCAGCGUGAAAGGCGCCAGUGCCCAAUCUCGCCUGCGCCUUACGCGGCAGGCAGUGCCCAACGGCGCCUGCGCCUUACGGGGAGGAGCGAUGGUGGGGGUGGCGGCGGCGGGGUGUGAAGGAAAGGCGACGGUGGGGGGAGAGGAUACGGAGGGGAGUGAGGGAGAGGCGAGGGUGGGGAGUGAGGGAGAGGCGACGGUGGGGAGUGAGGGAGAGGCGACGGCAAAGUGGGAGUGA